AUGCUUGCAUUGGCAAUAUCUAAGAGGCGGAAUACCUUCCCCGUACUGCGAAUGUCAGCCGCUCGUAGGUUCAAUUCGACCACUUCGGCAGCUCAAACAUCGCGGCAACGACCGCCACCAAAAAGUCAGGGCCUGAAUCAGCCAAAAGCGAUCUUCUGGGGAUGGGCAGUGUUGAUCGUAGUGGCCGGCUUUGGCUAUUUCAGUGUCAAGUCGAGCAACACGGCCAAGAAGCGCGAAUUUAUGAUCAAGCAAGGCCAAGAGCUGCAACAGCAGAGGAACGCAGUUGCUCAUGAUGAUUCAAGCGCAGCAUCCUCUGCACCUGUCUUCAUGUCGUCAGUUAACCAAGAAAAGUAUGCAAUGUCGCCGCUUCAAAGCCUCGUAGCUGCUCUCAAUAGACAGACAACGCAACGCUCACGCAAUCCGGAUGCCUCCAGAUCAAGCAGCACCACUAACGAGUAG